AUGCUUAUAGGACUAGAGAACUUGUUAGAUGAAUUACAGGACUAUGUAACACCUAAGAAUUAAGCAAAGUUACUAUCAAAUAUUGAUCUGGUAGAACAUAUAGAAGAAUAAUUCAUUCAAAAAAAGGACUCUAACUUUUCUAUUCUUCUUUCAAAAAAUAAAUACAGUACUAAUUUAGAGGAUAUGAGUUUCUGUUAGCCAUAAGUAAAUGAGAAUAGUGGUGAUGAUCAAGAUAAUAUUCCGAUUAUGUGCCAAAGUCCUCAAUUAUAUAAAAGGGGAGACUCUGACUUUGUGAUGUUAGGAUCUCCAAUACAUUAUUAAAAGAAAUAUUAUAGUGCUAUGAAUUAGCUCUUAAAGGUAGAGAAAAUUCCAUACAUGAGUAAUAUCAAUCUGUCCUCAAAGAGAUCGACAGAUACUAGUUAUGCUAAACAAGACGAAGAUUUAGAUAUGGAAUCAGACAUCAUAGUAAGCGAGAGUGUAUCUUUAGGUGACUCCAUUUUAUGA